UCGUAGGGUUCGUUUCCUUCCAAUUCUCUCACUCCUCAUUUUCCAUUUCUCUCUCUCCAGUUCUUGCUGAUCUCAAAUUUCUCUACAGGGAAAAAAAUGAGAGAGAUCCUUCAUGUUCAAGGUGGACAGUGUGGAAACCAGAUCGGUUCCAAGUUCUGGGAAGUUGUUUGUGACGAGCAUGGCAUUGAUCCGACUGGAAGGUACAUUGGGACCUCGGAUCUGCAGUUGGAGCGUGUCAAUGUUUACUAUAAUGAAGCUUCUUGUGGGAGGUUUGUUCCCCGUGCUGUUCUCAUGGAUUUGGAGCCUGGCACUAUGGACAGUGUUCGCACUGGUCCAUAUGGCCAGAUCUUUCGUCCUGAUAACUUUGUUUUUGGACAAUCUGGUGCUGGAAACAAUUGGGCCAAAGGGCACUACACUGAGGGUGCAGAGCUUAUUGAUUCUGUUCUUGAUGUUGUGAGAAAGGAGGCUGAGAACUGUGACUGUCUUCAAGGUUUUCAAGUGUGUCAUUCCUUGGGUGGAGGAACUGGUUCUGGAAUGGGUACCUUGCUUAUCUCAAAAAUUCGGGAGGAGUACCCCGACAGGAUGCUGCUUACAUUCUCUGUGUUCCCAUCACCAAAGGUUUCAGACACAGUGGUUGAGCCAUACAAUGCUACACUUUCUGUUCAUCAGCUUGUUGAGAAUGCAGAUGAGUGUAUGGUGCUGGAUAAUGAGGCUUUAUAUGAUAUCUGCUUCAGGACUCUUAAGUUGACUACUCCCAGCUUUGGUGACCUGAACCACUUGAUCUCUGCAACCAUGAGUGGGGUCACUUGCUGCCUCAGGUUUCCUGGUCAACUCAACUCUGACCUCCGAAAACUUGCUGUAAAUCUGAUCCCCUUUCCUCGUCUCCACUUCUUCAUGGUUGGAUUUGCUCCUUUGACCUCCCGUGGGUCCCAGCAAUAUCGUGCCCUAACUGUCCCGGAAUUGACCCAACAAAUGUGGGAUGCUAAGAAUAUGAUGUGCGCUGCUGACCCAAGGCAUGGACGCUACCUCACCGCGUCUGCCAUGUUUAGGGGAAAGAUGAGCACCAAGGAAGUUGAUGAGCAGAUGAUUAAUGUUCAAAACAAGAACUCCUCCUACUUCGUGGAGUGGAUCCCGAACAAUGUGAAAUCAAGUGUAUGUGACAUUCCACCCAAGGGGUUGUCCAUGGCAUCCACCUUCAUUGGAAAUUCAACCUCCAUCCAAGAAAUGUUCAGGAGAGUCAGUGAACAGUUCACUGCCAUGUUCAGGAGGAAAGCUUUCUUGCACUGGUAUACUGGUGAAGGAAUGGACGAAAUGGAAUUUACAGAAGCUGAGAGCAAUAUGAACGAUCUUGUGUCCGAGUACCAGCAGUACCAGGAUGCCACUGCUGAUGAGGAAGGGGAGUAUGAGGACGAGGAAGAGGAAGGAAUGGAGCCAAUGUGAUCUCGAAUAAAGUAGAGUCAAUAUCCCUUCCCUUGCGGCAGCACUAUGGUAUAUGACGCAGAAGUAUGUUUUACUUUACUCCAUUUGUCUCAAAUGAAAAAUCUUUGUUAAUUUUGUUUGGGGCGGGAUAUUGAUUUGAUACACUACCAAAUGGAGUAACAAGAUUCCCAAAUACAAAAUUAACAAAGAUUCUCAUAGAGACAAAUGAGUAAACAUACUAAUAAUGCAUCCUAUGUUGUAGCGUAGCCACGAGAGAUAUUGACUUGAUACACUAUUCGAGUUUACAUCUCCUGUAUUUCUUCCUCUUCAGGGUCUUGUUACUUGGUUGUCACCUGGAGAGUAUGUAAAAUGUCUUCUCUAUCUCUCUCCAAGUUAUAUAUAGUGUUAAUGGUGGUGGAUGAAGCGGAAAAGGUUUGGCAGUUGUUUGCCAGGAGUCAUGCUUUCCAGAUAUGUUCCUUUUUUUACACUUUCUCCAUUACCAUCUUUUCCAUAUUAGUCGAUGUAAUAUCACAUGGCUUUGCAGUGUCUAAUUUACAUUCUCUGUUUCCUGCUUUCCAUGUUCAGAGUUGAUUUGGUAUCUUGAUAUUUGUUUAAUGUAAUCUAGUCUUUUGGCAGUGAGUAAUAAAAGUAGGAACAAUUUGUUACAUUA